CUCUUAUCAGAGGCAGUAAACAACAAGGCACAACGCCUUCAAAAUUGAACGUGAAUGGAACGCGACCAGACCGUCUACCUUGCCAAAUUGGCUGAACAAGCCGAACGAUACGAUGAGAUGGUCACCUAUAUGAAGGAUGUUGCAAAGCUUGGUGUCGACCUGACUGUUGAAGAGCGAAACUUGCUUUCCGUCGCUUACAAGAACGUCAUUGGUGCCCGCCGUGCUUCUUGGCGCAUUGUUUCAUCAAUUGAGCAAAAGGAAGAGAGCAAGGGUAACGAAUCUCACGUUGGCAAGAUCAAGUCUUACCGUCAAAAGAUUGAAGCCGAGCUCAAGGAUGUCUGCUCCGACAUCUUGGAGGUCUUGGAAGCCUAUUUGAUUCCCAACGCACAGGCUGGUGAAUCCAGUGUCUUCUACUUCAAGAUGAAGGGCGAUUACCACCGUUAUCUCGCUGAAUUUGCUGCUGGAGAUGUCCGCAAGGAUGCUGCUACCGCUGCUCAUGAAGCCUACAAGGCCGCCACUGAAAUUGCACAGACAGAAUUACCCCCAACCCACCCCAUCCGCCUUGGUCUUGCUCUUAACUUCUCUGUCUUCUACUAUGAGAUUCUUAACUCCCCUGACCGCGCUUGCCAUUUGGCCAAGCAGGCCUUCGACGAUGCCAUUGCUGAGCUUGACACCCUUUCUGAAGAGAGCUACAAGGAUUCCACUUUGAUCAUGCAACUUCUCAGAGACAACUUGACCUUGUGGACUUCCGACCUUCAAGACGAUACCGAUGCCAAGGCCGAAGAGCCCAAGGAAGAGGAAGCGGAAGAGUCCAAGUAGAUAUAGUUUUUAUGAAGUGAUAUGACCUGAUUGGCAGAUACUAUUUUUUUCAGUUUGAAGUAGCUAUAAUACAUGUCAAA